AUGGAGACGCUCCGCCUGUACCCGCCGGCGCCGCUUCUCGUCCCCCAUGAAGCGUCCGCCGACUGCACCGUCGCCGGUUUCCUUGUCCCGCGGGGGACGAUGCUCCUCGUCAACACGUUUGCCAUCCACGGGGAUCCUCUGCUAUGGGAUCACCCCACAAGCUUCAUUCCUGAAAGGUUUGAGGACGGGUUAAAUGGAGGCAAAAUGGUGAUCCCUUCUGGUAUGGGGAGGCGCCGGUGCCCGGCGGAGCAGUUGGGCAUGCAGAUGGUCGGCCUUGCUCUUGGGACCAUGAUUCAGUGCUUCGACUGGGAAAGGGUGCGGGAAGAUCAGCUUGUGGACAGGACUGAGGGCUCUGGGCUUAACCAUGCCCAAGCAGCCUUAGACUUGGGCGCUCAGCCCUGGGCUUAA